CAACGUGCACUAGAAGGACUACAUGGCACUUGGGAAGAUGGCUUCAAGAUGUUGUGGAGUUUCAAAGCAGAGUUAGAGGCUACUUGUCCUGGAAGCAUAGUAGAGAUUGAUUGCAAGAAGAAGAAAGAUGGGCGAGUCUAUUUCUCUAGGAUGUUUGUGGCCAUAAAGGCAUGUGUGGAUGGAUUUCUUGUUGGCUGUAGGCCAUACCUUGGAGUGGACUCCACUCACCUCACGGGCAAAUACAAUGGACAGCUAGCUGCAGCAACAGCAAUUGAUGGCCAUAAUUGGAUGUAUCCAGUAGCAUAUGGAAUUUUUUACAAGGAGACAAAAGCUGAUUGGGGUUGGUUCUUGACACAAUUGAAGAGAGCAAUUGGAAUUCCACAAGGAUUGACAAUUCACACCGAUGCUUGCAAAGGUUUAGAGACAUCAGUCCAUAAAGUCUUUGGAGAAGCAGUUGAGCACAGGGAGUGUUUUAGACACUUAAUGCAGAAUUUUAGGAAACAUUUUGAAGGAGAUGUAUUGAAGUACAUGUGGCCUUGUGCUUGGGCAUGUACCAUUCAGAGGCAUCAGUGGCUUUGGGAUAGAAUUACUGAAAACUGUCCGGAAGCAAUUCCUUAUUUGCAAUCAGAACACAAACAGAUUUGGUCCAGAGCUAAGUUUUCAGGGGAGUGCAAGGUUGACUAUGUGAAUAACAAUAUAUCAGGGUGCUUCAACAACUGGAUUAAGGAGUGCAAAGGUCUGCAUGUAGAUGUGCUUAUGGACACAAUUAGAGACAUGAUAAUGGAAAAGAUAGCAAUGAGGCAGGUCAUAGCUCAGAGACUUGAAGGGCCAAUUCUUCCUAGUGUUAUCAAUGAACUGAAGAUGAAGAGUAGAAAUUUGAAGUACACGAUCAAGGGGAGUGGUGGACUUAAGGCAGAGGUGUCUGGAUUGACAAAGGACAAUUAUCCUUGGAGGCAUGCAGUAGACCUUGAAGUGAAAACAUGCUCAUGUGGUCAGUGGCAGAUUUCUGGUAAACCUUGCACCCAUGCCAUAUGUCUCAUAGGUUCAUUGAGACAGUUAAAACUUGAGGACUAUGUGCAUGAUUACUACUCACUUGAGCGUUUCAAGGCUACUUAUCAAUUUGUGGUAAACCCGAUGGUUGACAAGUCACAAUGGCAUGUGGUUGAUCCUGGGUUUGAGAUGUUGCCUCCAAAGCUAGAAAGGGCUGCGGGCAGACCAAGAGUGAAAAGGAUCAAAGCUAGAGGUGAGCCGGGGAAAAGGAGACAAUACCAAUGUAAAAGAUGCUUGCAGUUUGGGCAUAUUGAGAAGGGAUGCUUUGAGCCACCUACUGAACUUGGUGUUGAAUUACCACCUUCAUUUGCUGCCAAAUCAAAAAAAAGGAAAGGAGAGGCUGGAACUUCAAAGCAGCCUGCUACUAAAAAGUCCAAGAAGGGUGGAGCCAAAAAGGUGGAGCCAAGAAGGGUGCAACAACAAGCACAUCUACUGAGCCCCCUUCUGAACUUGAUGCUGAAUUACCACCUUCACUUCCUGCCAAAUCUAAGUCAGCUGAAACUCCCUUCAAUUUUGUUACUAUGAAUUCUUUGUACGGCUGCAUAAUGACUAGAGUAAAUUGUUGCUGUAUCGGAAGAGGAAAGGAGAGGCUACUACAUCAACAUCUAAGAAGCCUUCCCAAAAGUCCAAAAAAGAUGGCACAUCAAGCACCUUAGUGGCAGAAGCACCAGCAACCAUCUCCACUUCCUUGGUCUCUCACUCACCAGUUAGUCCAGGACCAAUAACAAAGAGGAUGGCAGCUUCUACUUCGACUCCAACAAAACCUCCAGAGACACAAUUGAGUCCAGGGCCCACAACCAGAAGCAUGGCUGCACAACUACACAUAUCACCAGGUGGAAUUGCUAGGAGGCGCAUCAUAAGCUAAGCCUUGAAAAAGGCUGCUGCUGUGCCGUAUUUAGUGCAAAAGUUGUGUCUGCUGUAUUAUAUUGUUGUCCUGAAACAGCCAUGUAUUGCUGUGCUGAAAUUCCCUUAGACUAUAGGGCAUUGCUAUGUGGCUGCUAGAUGUAAGUUAAUACUAUUUACAUGUGUUGAACUAGAACAAUGGUGUUCGUGGGUAGACUGUAUUUAAUGCAUGUGAGACAGCGACCUUGUGUUGUA